ACUUGGGCUAGGCCCACUUUAUAUAACACUGGGCCCAAUAAUUUUGGCCCAAUAAUCGUAACUAGAAACUUCAACCCUCUCUGUCUUCAGUUCCCAAAGUAGUGUAUCUCCACCGAACAAGAAGAGCGGCAAAAAAAUGGCUUCAUCGUCGAGAAAGUACGAGACAAGAAAGCGAGACCCGAAUCCCCAAAACGCAGCUCUGCUCGUCAUCGAUAUGCAGAACUACUUCUCCUCCAUGGCCAAGCCCAUCCUCCUCAACGCUCUCACCACCAUCGACCUCUGCCGACGCGCCUCUAUCCCCGUCUUCUUCACGCGCCACAUCCACAAAUCCGCUACUACUGACCUCGGCAUGCUCGGCGAGUGGUGGAACGGCGAUAUCAUCCUCGACGGAACCACCGAUUCCAAGAUCAUCCCGGAGAUCGAUCGCCAGGUAAGCGGACCAGACGAGGUCGUGGAGAAGAGCACGUACGGCGCGUUCCACAACACGCGUCUCCAGGAAAAGCUGGUGGAGAUCGGGGUUGAGGAGGUGAUCGUGAUUGGAGUGAUGACGAAUCUGUGCUGUGAGACGACGGCGCGUGAGGCGUUUGUGAGGGGUUAUAGGGUUUUCUUCUCGACGGACGCGACUGCGACGGUUAAUCAGGAGCUUCACGACGCGACUCUCAUGAAUCUUGCUUAUGGCUUCGCUUAUCUCGUCGAUUGCGAAAGACUCAGGCGAGGGCUUUUUAUGUAAUAUAUAAGAUUGUCGUCUAAAUAGUUUUGUAUCAAAAGUACGUACUCUUUCGUUACAUGAUAUCGAUAUUAAUUUCUUUUAUAUGUUAUGUUAACAAUAAAUCAAUAAAAAAAUGUGUGUU